AUGAUAUCCAGAGCCGAGCAGAUCAACACGUUACGUGCCGAGAAUGAAGCCAAAGUCCUUGCCAAGGAAGAGUUGCAUAAAAAGCAGUGGCAGGCAGUUCGCGCCACUCAAGCACGGAACGCCUUCCUGAAGGACAAGGCGAGGCAGCUGAGGGAGGCCUCGAAGGGUGCUGUGUUGGAAAGUAAGCGGCAUCUUGUACGGGAAGGUAGAGAGGAACAGAUGAAGUUACAACAACAGAAGCAGGAGAAGUGGAUCAGGGAUAUAGGGCUCAAUACGAGCAGGGCGAAGGUGAUCAGGAGUCAGAGGGAUAACGCGAGGAAGAGAAUGGAAGAGGAAAAGCUUCGCAAGUUGGAGAACACUCGAAUAGAAUAUGAGAAUAAGGUGCAGCAGGAAGAGAGUAUUCGAGCCCGUACUGAGGCGUUGGUAUCGGCUAUGGAGAAGGAGGAGAUGGAACUUAUUCAACGUCUUCAAAACACCCAGAACAUACAGCGAUCAGCAUAUCAGGAGUUGGAGAAUGCCUUGGGGAAGAGCUCUCGAAGCCCGUUGGCAACGGGGAGCACUUUAAUAUCGGAAGACACCAAGGGCGGCACACGAGAGGCGUCGGCCCCUCAAGUCAAGGAUGUUACUGCAUGA